AUGGACAUCACCAGAUUCCAGGAGAUGCAAUUGCCUGGCAAAGAGUAUGCAGAGGCAAUUGGCUCAGCUAUGGCAGUCCUCCACUGGGAGGCACAGAUUGACUGCAACGACAUCGAGUUUGUCCUGGGCUCGUCGCCGACCACUCUCGAGAGAGCUCGUAUGACUUCCAGCGAACUCAAGGAGCUGAAACCAGAGACUAGCACGUACAACGCGGUCUACGGACCGUCAAUAGUCAACUUCGAAAAGCGCGUCAUGUCUCUAUGGGCUAUGGACUUCGACCAGUGCAAAUCCAUUUCUAUGGACGCAGCUGGUCUGGACUUAGCUGUUUCGGCCCUAGAGCGCAACAACUACAUUCCAAGACCCGGCAGCGGCCGUGCCUACCAGGAGGACCUUUCAGUGGCAUUCCGCGAGACCUACCUCAAAGUCUCUAAAACAAUCCUUCCAGCUAAGUACCGACCACUCGCCGACCAGUUCAUCUCUAAGAUGGGUGCAGCUUGCGCACGGUACUACAACAAGUACCCGGAUCAGAAGGAGAGUGGUACUUCCAGGUCUGCAAGUGCUUCGAAAGGGUUUGGAGCACCCAACCCAGCGGCAAACACCUCACGCCGAGGUGACGAGCGUAGCUGGAGCCAAAACGAUGAGAGCAAGUUCUCAAGCAGAGGAGGGGGCGGCGGCAAUGCUUCAACUCGGUCGCGCGACGAUGAUCGAGGCAGAGGUGGUAGAGAGGGAGAUAGCAGAGGCAGAGGUAGUCGUGGCGAAGGUGAUCAAGGCUCAGGCGGUCAAGGCUCGGGCAAUCGCGGCUCAGGCAGUCGUGGCUCAGGCCGUGGUAUGGCAGACGUGGAUCUCAGUAGACGUGGGAUUAGGGGAGGCAGGGGUAGAGGUUGA